GCGGAGGGAGGGGGCGGCCCGGCCCGGCCCAGCUCUGCCCCCGGCCGGCCCGACCCCGGCCCCGGCCCCCGGACAAGCGCUUAUCUGAUCCCAGCUCCGGGUUUAAGAGUCCUGGCCCGGCCCGUCGCACAGCUCUGCUCCUUACUCCUGUCCGCCCCGUCAGUCCAUCUGUCCCGCUGCCCCGCGGCCCAUCCAAGGGGCCACUCCACCUCGGACCCAAGAUGACGUCAGUUGCCAAGGUGUAUUACAGUCAGACCACUCAGACAGAAAGCCGGCCCCUAAUGGGCCCAGGGAUACGACGGCGGAGAGUCCUGACAAAAGAUGGUCGCAGCAAUGUGAGAAUGGAGCACAUUGCCGACAAGCGCUUCCUCUACCUCAAGGACCUGUGGACAACCUUCAUUGACAUGCAGUGGCGCUACAAGCUUCUGCUCUUCUCUGCGACCUUUGCAGGCACAUGGUUCCUCUUUGGCGUGGUGUGGUAUUUGGUAGCUGUGGCACAUGGGGACCUGCUAGAGCUGGACCCCCCGGCCAACCACACCCCCUGUGUGGUACAGGUGCACACACUCACUGGAGCCUUCCUCUUUUCCCUUGAAUCCCAAACCACCAUUGGCUAUGGCUUCCGCUACAUCAGUGAGGAAUGUCCACUGGCCAUUGUGCUUCUUAUUGCCCAGCUGGUGCUCACCACCAUCCUGGAAAUCUUCAUCACAGGUACCUUCCUGGCCAAGAUUGCCCGGCCCAAGAAGCGGGCUGAGACCAUUCGUUUCAGCCAGCAUGCAGUUGUGGCCUCCCACAAUGGGAAGCCCUGCCUCAUGAUCCGAGUUGCCAACAUGCGCAAGAGCCUCCUCAUUGGUUGCCAGGUGACAGGAAAACUGCUUCAGACCCACCAAACCAAGGAAGGGGAGAACAUCCGGCUCAACCAGGUCAAUGUGACUUUCCAAGUAGACACAGCCUCUGACAGCCCCUUCCUUAUUCUACCCCUUACCUUCUAUCAUGUGGUAGAUGAGACCAGUCCCUUGAAAGAUCUCCCUCUUCGCAGUGGUGAGGGUGACUUCGAGCUGGUGCUGAUCCUAAGUGGGACAGUGGAGUCCACCAGUGCCACCUGUCAGGUACGCACUUCCUACCUGCCAGAGGAGAUCCUUUGGGGCUACGAGUUCACACCUGCCAUCUCACUGUCAGCCAGUGGUAAAUACAUAGCUGACUUCAGUCUUUUUGACCAAGUUGUGAAAGUGGCCUCUCCUAGUGGCCUCCGUGACAGCACUGUACGCUACGGAGAUCCUGAAAAGCUCAAGCUGGAGGAGUCAUUAAGGGAGCAAGCUGAGAAGGAGGGCAGUGCCCUUAGUGUGCGCAUCAGCAACGUCUGAUGACCUGUUCCCACUCCCCCAUUCCUCUGGUCUCUUUUCCUCUCUUUCAAUGCCCUGGUAAGGAAUACUAUCCGGGUUUACUGGAGAUCCUCCGAAGCACCCAUCCUCCACCCCCUCUUCUUUAACCCAGUGGCCUGUUGGUAGCUUAGGCCAACUGGAGUCCAGGUUCCCCUCCCACUGUCCCCUUUCCACUCCUCCUGCUUCUGCCCCAAUACAUAUACCUCCCUUAAGCCAGGAUGGGGGAAAGAGAGGGAUUAGGCUGAAGUGGCUUAGAAGGCCUCAGCCAUGCUUGGAUACUCACAUUAGGAGGAUCAUGUGGUUGGACGGACAGACUCCCCCCACCUCCCGCCACCACCAUGAAGUUUGGUGACUUGAGGCUGGAGCUCCCUCUGUUACCUUUCCAUCUAGCAAGUUCCCAAAGGCAAGACUCUCUCUGAUGGUCAUUUUGUGGUCUGUGCUUUCAGAAAUACAGGAAUCUGAUAUCAAUGUAUCCUAGGGUUUCUACCAACAUCUGUUGAAAGAAGCCAGGGUUUGCCACCAUGAAGCUGAUUUCUGCUAGUGACUUCUGACCAUAACCUAGAAUCAUGGUCACCACUAUUUUUACUCUAUAGUUUGUCAAGUGAACACUCUCAGGAUACCCAGUUCCUUCAUAGCCUGUUCUCAGAGAAUUGGAGUUGGCCCAAGAAACAUAAACAUAUAACCACCCAUAUCUAUCCUGGAUUCUGAACUCUUUAAUUUGGAGUGACUAACACAAGUUGUUGUCUAAACCUUUAAACCUAUCUUCUAGGCAGCCUAGAGAAGAUCUGUUUCCCUGUGUCCUGUGAAUGGAAGGACACAAGCCAAUAUGUUCCUUUGAAAAGAGUCCAGUACCAAGGCCCCAUGGAAAGGCCUGAAAAUAAUAUUCCAGAUUACAUUGUACCUGGCUUCUCUUCUUCCUUUCCUGCCCAGCCUAGAUCCUUCUUCCUUAACCCCUACUGUUUGGGAGAAGGGAGGGAAAAUGCAAGGGCCUUCCUCUCUUAACACAGAUGCUCAAGUAAAACUAGAUCCACAGGGCACAGAUUCCCCAGAAAGUUUACCAAAUCUCACCAUGAGGGAUGGGUAAAUUCUCAGAUUUCCAAACUGCUGUACAGUGCCUCUGAGAAUUGGUGAUGCUUUGUUAAGGUUUGGGCAGAAGCAGAAUUCUGUGGCUGGCAGCCACUAUUCUCAGUUACACCUCCCAGUGCCCUUCUGAAAAGUGCCAGCUAUUUCAUUAGGCAAUGUUGGAAGGAGAGGAAAUUAUACCCGCUGAUCAAAUUUCCAUGGCUUCCCUCAGCCAUUCCUGAGACUUGGUAUAAAAUGAAGAAAAUCAGUGUCAUCUCUACUCUCCUCUACCAUGAGGCCAUUUUCAGGCAAGUUAAAAAGCAGACUUUAAGAGAUCAGACACAGCCUAUUCCUUGUUCCCUGGUGGGGUCUGUGGUAAGGGUCAGGGAAGGGCAUAUAAGCA